CGUAAAGGACGGUCUGCGCAUGUGCAGCCGCGCUUAUAAAGAGUGGGAAUGCAGCUAAAUUUAUAUCAAACAGCAGCCCUGGUUCUUCAACUCAUAUGAGCAGGAGCUAGACCUUCGACACAAUGUUUGUGUGGAGUGUUUGCAUGCUGACUCUGAUUCAUAUGAGCACUGCCUGCAGUGUGCCAGAUGGAAUCUGUACAAACCUCACUGCUGUUCAGGAGGAGAUUGUCAAUUUGCACAAUGAGUUCAGGAGAUCAGUCGAUCCACAAGCCAGCAACAUGCUGAAAAUGAACUGGAGUGAGGAAGCAGCAGUCUCAGCUCAGAACUGGGUCAACACCUGCUCUAUGAAACACGGCCCGCCAAGCAGUCGCAUGCGCGGAACAUACGAAAUGGGUGAAAACCUGUUCAAAAGCACUGGAUUGUUCCAGUGGACUGCGGUUGUGACAGCAUGGCACAGUGAAGUCGUCGAUUACGAGUAUCCCACUGGAUCCAUCAAUGGAGAGCCCAUUGGGCAUUACACUCAAGUGGUGUGGUACGGCUCGUACGAAGUCGGCUGCGGCGUGGCCAAGUGUGGAACCAACUACUUCUAUGCAUGCCAUUACUAUCGAGCAGGGAAUUUCAAAGGAGUGCCUCCGUACUCAGUGGGAGAACCCUGCUCGGCCUGUCCAGACGCUUGUGAGGACAGAUUGUGCACCAGCCCCUGCCCUUACAUCGACAGAUACGCCAACUGCCCUGACCUAAAAGAAGAACACACAUGUGAGGACUACAUUGUGAAAAAGUAUUGCCCCGCUAUCUGCCUGUGCCAAAACAAGGUCAUCCCCAUCGCCAAAAAGUGACCUGCGAGGAACAUCAUCAGAGUUAUUAGCCAUCAAUGUUGUCAGUGCAGUAGGUGAUUAAGGUGAUCAUGGAGCUCUAUAGUUAAGCUUUCUUCUUCUAUCACUUUCUAGAACAUUACAGCCAUCAAGAAUGUUAAGGGAACAUUUUAGCAUGUUUUAACAUGGUCUCCAUCUGCUGUAUGUGUGUCGUACGGUGGAUUACCACAGACGAUAACUUUGACACUUUUCUUGUACUUCGUAAAAUAACAAAAUUUGUUGACCGAAAAGACAUUUAUAAUAGAACCCAAUGGGCAUCUGCGGAUGUACCUGCCCAUUGGCUUCUAUUAGGAUUGUUUCGAGUCAAUAAAGAACAGAAUAAACUGCUGGCUCAAAGCUCAGAAGCCCACCUUCUUAAACCACACCUGCAAUAGACGCCAGUGAAGCAGGUGCCCAUUGACUUCCAUUAUAAACCUGUUUUAAGUCAAGUUUUUCAUUUUUUUUACUGCAGACAGAGAAACAAAUUAUUGACCAUGGUAAUCGACCAUAUGCUCAAAAAGAGCAGCAGAUAGAGUUCAGGUUGAAAAACAUUGUAGUACUCCUUUGACGUUAACUGUUUACACCAUAGCCAUACCGAAUCAUCAGUAGUGACUAUUAGCAUUCAUGUAAAGUGAUUUUAGGCCUACCUCAGUCUCAUUUUCAAUUAUGCCUCUGGUUAUAACUUAUAUGAUAGAUUGAUAUGAUCUAAAGCAAGAAUCUGAUAUUAAGGCACAGUAAUCACAUUCAUUCCAUACAUGUACAUUAGCCUGUGCUACUUCGUAUGCUCACUUUGAUGUCAGGUCUUAUAAUUUUCAGUAGCAUUCGCUCUGCAAUCAUGCAGUUGGAGCAAGCAAACUGUUACAUAUUGCAUAACCGGUCCCACACCAUGUCUCUGGGGCCCACAGAUGGCCCACAUUUGGUGAUUUCAGUUCCAGCACAAUCAGUCGAAAUAAUCAAGCCGUAUUCAGGGGAGCUGUAAUUGAAGCAGAACGGAGGGUGGGAGAGAAGCCGACGCAAAUGCCGUGAAUUGCUUUUCAUAAAAAAAAGGAUUUCCUUCAUAUACUCAGGGGCAUGGGAUAGGAAGAAGUGCAAUGUAAUUAGAUACAGGAACAUUUUGUUCACAUUGAAGCAGGCUAUCACUAUGUAACUGGGCUAUAAGAAUGUAUGUACUGUAAUACACCAGACCGCCAGCAGGUGUCUCUGUUGUACAAUAGUUUAAAAGACAUGAGGCUGAAUGAUUCCUGUCCACAUCUACACGUGUCUCUUUCCUUUCACCAAGUGAUGCUGCUUUGUUUCUUGCUUAUUAUUAAAGUAUGUGCACAGCAAAGCUAUGUUGUAUGAAUGAUUCACUUCAAACUGGAGCCUCUUUCAUGCAAGUUUCUUUCUAUGAGUCCACAACAUUUGACACCAUGCUCAGUCCAAUCACAUUUUUUUCUGCAAAUUGAAGCACAAAAAUUCUAUUUAUUUGCUGCAUGUAACAUAUUAGGG